GAAAGAGCCGGCAGCCCUCCUGUCUUGGUUAAAUAGGACUCUGACCCCAGGCGCUGGCUCAGGACCCUGCUGCAAAGGAUUUGUGUGUGUGUACAGAGAGGAAGGUUUAAUUGCUUAGCAGAAGAAUGGAUAACGUCCUCCCUGUGGACUCAGACCUCUUCCCAAACAUCUCCACCAACACCUCGGAGCCCAACCAAUUUGUGCAGCCGGCUUGGCAAAUUGUCCUUUGGGCAGCUGCCUACACAGUCAUUGUGGUGACCUCCGUGGUGGGCAACGUGGUGGUGAUGUGGAUCAUCUUGGCUCACAAGAGAAUGAGGACAGUUACUAACUAUUUCCUGGUGAACCUGGCUUUCGCAGAGGCCUCCAUGGCUGCAUUCAAUACAGUGGUGAACUUCACUUAUGCUGUCCACAACGAGUGGUACUAUGGCCUGUUCUACUGCAAAUUCCACAACUUCUUCCCCAUUGCUGCUGUCUUUGCCAGUAUCUACUCCAUGACAGCUGUGGCCUUCGAUAGGUACAUGGCCAUCAUCCACCCCCUCCAGCCCCGACUGUCGGCCACAGCCACCAAGGUGGUCAUCUGUGUCAUCUGGGUCCUGGCUCUCCUCCUGGCCUUCCCCCAGGGCUACUACUCAACCACGGAGACCAUGCCCAACCGAGUGGUGUGCAUGAUCGAAUGGCCAGAGCAUCCCAACAAGAUUUAUGAGAAAGUGUACCACAUCUGUGUGACUGUGUUGAUCUACUUCCUCCCCCUGCUGGUGAUAGGCUAUGCGUACACUGUAGUGGGUAUCACACUGUGGGCCAGCGAGAUCCCUGGGGACUCCUCUGACCGUUACCACGAGCAAGUCUCUGCCAAGCGCAAGGUGGUUAAGAUGAUGAUUGCUGUUGUAUGCACCUUUGCCAUCUGCUGGCUGCCCUUCCACAUCUUCUUCCUCCUGCCUUACAUCAACCCUGAUCUCUACCUGGAGAAGUUUAUUCAGCAGGUUUACCUGGCCAUCAUGUGGCUGGCCAUGAGCUCUACAAUGUACAACCCCAUCAUCUACUGCUGCCUCAAUGACAGGUUCCGUCUGGGCUUCAAGCAAGCCUUUCGGUGCUGCCCUUUCAUCAGUGCUGGUGACUAUGAGGGGCUCGAAAUGAAAUCCACUAGGUACCUCCAGACGCAGGGCAGUGUGUAUAAAGUCAGCCGCCUGGAGACCACUGUCUCCACAGUGGUGGGGGUCCAUGAGGAAGACCUGGAGGAAGGCCCCAAGGUCAUGCCCUCAUCCCUGGACAAGACCUCCAAUGACUCCUCUCGCAGCGACUCUAAGACCAUGAUGGAGAACUUCAGCUUCUACUCCAACAUGCUCUCCUAGACUAUGGGGCAUUCAGUAGGCCCAGUCACCUUUGUCUUUGUCUUGCUUCAUUUCACGCAUGGAUAAAUCCUCAAUAUAGAGACCAUAAGAAACACGUUUGCGGCUUGUGAAAAGGUCAGAAUAGUUUAGGAAAAACAUUCCAUUCUGGAGUCAAAAACCUGCAUUCUUCUAUGUCUUUGCCACCCACAUGCUGUGUGACCCAAAACAAAUCAUCGAACUUCUCUGAGCCCGUACAAUGGGAAGGUUAGACUUGAUUUUCUCUACAAUCCAUUCCAAGAUUCUAGAAUUAACUUUAAUUGCAUGUUGGCACUCAUUUCAGG